AUGACAAAGUUGUUCUCUAGAACAUUUGUUUCUUCUCCAGACGAUGCAAAGAUUAACCAUGAAAUUUCAGAAAAAAUAAGCUUGUUGCAGAACUUUUUGAGGCCUGAGCAUUUGGAUAUCCUACCAACUUUUCAUAACGAAGCUUCAUGGCUGGGCUUGGAGAAGUAUGUCAUGACAAAGUUGUUCUCUAGAACAUUUGUUUCUUCUCCAGACGAUGCAAAGAUUAACCAUGAAAUUUCAGAAAAAAUAAGCUUGUUGCAGAACUUUUUGAGGCCUGAGCAUUUGGAUAUCCUACCAACUUUUCAUAACGAAGCUUCAUGGCUGGUAUGCUUUCAGCUUUUAUCAAUGCUUGAAUAA